CAAACCAACGAGAAAAUUUUGAUUAGCUUCUCCAAGUUCCAAACAAAACAGAAGAAAACUUUGUGGUUGUGGAGAGAAAAAGGGGAAAAAAAAAAGAGGGGAACCACUCCUGCAAAAGACUUCAAACAAAACCCCUGCCUUGCACCAGCAAAACCUCUCUCUCUCUCUCUCUCUCUCCACACCUCCCAUGGCGGCCUUCGAGCUCCUACUCUCCCAAGCCCGCCGUCACUGCUUCCCAAAACCCACUUCUCACCUCUCUCUCCUCCUCCGCUCAACAUCAACUUCUCCAUUUCUCCAAUCCCACAGAUCACUCUCCUCGUCACCACCCCCUGACCCCACCCCACAACCAGCUAACCCACCCAAUGACGAAGAACAACCCGCAUCAAGAAAACCCCAACCCCCAUCAAUCCAACCCGUUUCCUACGCUAUCAAACCCAAAGACCCUUCUCCACCUCCCCAAAACCCUCCCCAAUCCGCACCGCCUCCGCCCGAAACCCGGGCUUGGACUCGGGAGGAUAUCCGGUACGUGAAGGACGUGCCGAACGUGUCUCCGAUCUCGUACCCGACCCGGGUGGCGCCGCUGCCGGAGGACCGGGUGGCCGAGGAGGGAGGAGAGGUGGGGGAGGAGAAGAAGGGGGUGGAUGAGGAGUUGGCUAAAGAGGUGAGCAGAAUUCAGGAGGAAAGUAGGAGGGUUAGUAGGUGGGGUGGUGGUUUAAGGGGGGUUGAAGAGGAGAGAGUUGCUUUUCCAAGGAUUAUCAAGCAGGAGCAGAAGAAUAAGAAGGUUAUUUAUGAUCUCCAGGAGGCCAUUCGGCUUGUCAAGGCUAAUGCCAAGAAAAGUUUCGAUGAAACUGUUGAAGUACAUGUAAAUCUUGCUGCUGAACUACGUCGAACUGACCUGAAGCUAGAUGGUGUCGCGACUUUGCCUCAUGGUACUGGGAAGGUUGUUAAGGUAGCUGUCUUUGCUGAGGGAUCGGCGGCAGAUGAAGCCAGAGCUGCAGGAGCUGCCAUUGUUGGCGGUGUUGAACUUGUUGAGGGAAUCAAGAGUGGCACUGUUAAGGCAGAUUUUGAUAUAUGUAUUACAACUCAUCAAUUUGUUCAGCGACUUCAAAAGCUGGGGAACGUCCUUAAAAGUAGAAUGCCAAGCACUAAAGCUGGGACUGUGACUGAUGAUGUUGCUAAGGCUGUGAGGGAAGCAAAACGGAUUGUUAAGUUAAAUAAGAAAGACAAAGCUGCAGUGGUGCAUGCUGGAGUAGGGAAGGUGAGUUUUUCGGAGGAGGCUCUACGCGAAAACAUUGGUGCAUUUGUGAACGCCCUGUUGCUUGCAAAGCCACCCGGCUUGAAGAAGAGUUCCAAAUAUGCUGGCUAUAUGAACGCUGUCCAUAUAUGUAGCACGAUGGGUCCUGGCUUCCCUGUUUCUAUUCAGUCGUUAUCCAUAGCCGCUGACCGCUACACCAGAUUGCAACUAAAUUGAUGUCAACUUUUCAUUUUUUUGGCUUUCAGCUCAGUUUUCGGCUUAGGAUCUUCUAUUGGAGUUAAUUUUCUCCAUUCCUCACAGAACCCGGGUUCUUACCUGGUUCUUCCCCUACUCAGGUCUGGAAAAUGGGAUUGUGGUGCGGUGAUUCCCGAAAUACAAGCAUUCCCACAUGGAGCUGUGUUCUGUAUCAUCUCUAUCUUGCUCUAUAUAUUUCCUGGAGCUUUACUCACCAGACGAUGAUUCUUGAGGCCAGCAAUUUGGCCAACAUUUUCCGUGAGCAACGCUUUAUCUUCAUCUGUUUGUAGUUUGCAGUUGCGGACAGAAUCUUCAAAAUUGGAAUUUAACAGUUUCGCCGAGCCUCCUUCAAAAACGAGUUUGUCUUUUUUCUGACUGUAUUUAGAUUUUAGAUUUGUGAAAAAAGAGGGAAAACAUUGAAUAUGUGUGAGACAUUCCCCAUCCAGCUCUUAUUACAUGCUGCUAUGCGUAUUCUCACAGUUCCAGUAACCAAA